AUGGGCCCUCCUCUAGUCUUUAAUUGGCAUAGGCUGGAAAGAGCGUGGGUGGUGAGACACCCUCCGUUUGUUGUAUUCGACGCAGUUUAUACAAUGGCGAUCACAUUCGAUAUACCCUUCUGCCCUCCUUCCUUCCGCUCUCCUGCCGACAGUCUCCAAUCCAUAAGGCAUGGGGCUUACACAUUCGACGGAAGCAGAGGCAUUUAUCUCAAGAAGAAGCUCCGCCCACGGCCUGUAAUCAAAUUAGAUGACGCUCGGUAUGCGUGUGAGGCUGGCUUGCAGAAAUCCAUCAUCUUCAUAGGGAUCACCGCCGUCAAAACAAAAUCUCGGGGGUGUGUUUUGAAACUCAGUCUAUAUGAAUUUAUAACGAACGACGAAUCCUGCCCGCCUUCUUCGUUCCAGAUUCCCCGUCCUCGUGUCUUCCCUCAUUCAGAAACCACAGUAAUGGUCAAUCUUAAGCCACUCACAAGCACCAAAUUCGUCGAGUUUGGAAGCCAUCCUCCUUCGACCAUCACAGACCCCGGGAGUAUUAUUAUUCAGCCCUCUCCAACAAACUCAGAGAUCGGAAGAAACUAUUUCCGUUUUCGCUCUAUCAACAUUAAUGGAGUUCUAGACGAGUUGGCAAGAUCCCGAAAUUCUAGCGGGCCAGAUUUUCAAGCUCGACAUGCCCAUUCUAUCAAUGGAUAUAUCUUUUUCGCAGAUUGUUGUAUCCAUUCCACUGCUCUUGUAACCAAGGAUUCUCGCCGCCCCGGCCCUCACGAAACCAUCCCGGCUCUAAAACCACUGUACCACUCGAACUCUAGAAAUUUGCGUGCCGACCCGGAUCAUUAUCUUAUUGGAAAGAUAUUUUAUUCGUGGCGAAUAACUCGAAAAUCGAACCAGGGGCUCCAGACCCAUGUACCGUCUCUCUUGCACCUUUUACUCUGA